GGGCUGGAUCGCACUUCGCCGUGUUUCUGUGUGAGAAACAAGCUUCUCCUGUUUAAGCGACAGCUUCGUCGUUUUGUUGUUCCAGCUGAACCUAAUCGGUUUUCAGGCCGCCGGGAAGAGUUAGAAGGUCAGAAACGGCAAGGAGAGGGACUAGAAGUGAUCAAGAGGAACCGCCUAUGCCCACCCUCUCGCACCCUCUCCUUUUCCCACCCAGGCAUCUGGCCCAAAGCCAGCGGGGCUGGGGGCGGGAGAUUUUUGCCAUCAACCCAUUCUGGAGCCCUUUCUAUCCAGGACUGGAUGUUUGGGUUACUGAGCUGAGACUGAGUUGGCCACUUAAGUGCCCACAAGUUCUAGAGGAGACCAGAGUGAGCGGCCGAGGCACGGGACCCACACAGUAGGCUCCAUCUCCCCACCCCUCCCGCCCCACUUCAUUCCUUCAUCCCCCCAACAAACACUUACUGAACAUCUGCGUGCCAGGAACUGCUCUAGGUGCUGGGGACAGAUCAAUGAGUAAAGAGCCAAAAUCCCCGUCCUGUGGAGCGUACGUGCUAACGGGGGAGAUGGGUGCUAAACAGGAUAAAUACGAAAAAUACAAAGUGAUCAGUGCAAAGGAAAUGAAGCUGAAAAGGGACAGGAAAUACAGGGUUACAUUUCAGUUAGGACAGCUAGGCAACAUUUCAGAAAAGACUUUUUUAAAUGUUAGCGGGGCACAGGAGACAAAAUACAGUCAUGUCUUGAUUAUGUCAUUGGGGUUAACUUACUGGGUACAAACAUGAAAUGCCUGCAUACGUGUGUCUGUGUGUGACUGACGCGGGCAGUGGCCCCACAGUCCGACAGGCCAGGGAGAGGUGUCUGGAACAGAGACCGGAGCUGGGCAGGACGGGCCUCUCAGCCCUGCCCAGUCUUCAAGCAUGGCCAAGAACGGGGCCUCUGGCUGCCAGCUCUGGGCAGCAUCAGCGACACCUCCUUCCAGGCUGGACGGUGCUAUCUGGGAAGGAGCAUGGGCCCCUGAGAUUGUAGAGUCUCCUGUGUCUGGCCCUGUGGCAUCAGGGGCUGGGGACAGUGAGGUGUGACCAUGGGCUCUCUCCAUCCUGCCCCACCCUUGUCCACCACCUCUGCCACUUUCCACUCCCGGCAGGCAGACAGGAUCUGAUGGGGUUUUUCCGGGUUGGGCCAGUGGCCUGACCCAGCUGGGGUCACAGGGAUGGGGUGGGGACCAUUCCUGGACAGUCAGGGAAGAAGAGGUAUGACCCUGAGCCCCUGUGGCUGGGGGCAGGGGGCAGGUAGCAGCUUUGCCAAGAGCAAGCUGAGGUCGGAGAGGGGGGUGGUCAAAGCGCCCCCACCCCACAUCCUGUUUUCAGAAUGCAGGGCCCCAGCACUGUGCUUUUUCCUUUGGACUUUCUCCAGGGCAGCGUCCUCCCACCCAGGCCCACUCCCCAGGGAACCUGCACGAGGGCGGGAGGGUUCCCCGGCACGCCUAAGCAGGGGUUCACCUAGAGUUUUUCCAGACUGGGCUGGGCCCCUGAGCCAGGGAGGGGGGAAGUCACAUUCCCAUCCCUUCCUGAAAGUGGGCCUGGGGGUCCCCGUGGGCAGAUGGAAAACCACACGGGCCCUCAUGGCUGGCAGGGAGAGGAAGUGGCACCCUUCCCCCUUAAAGAGAUAGGCUUGGUCACCUCCAGUGCCUGCACCCACCCAGCCCCACUGGGGACUAUCGGGCUCUGGGAUAGCACCUGAAAAGCCCAGCCAGGCCAGGUGGAGGACAGUUCGGUAAAAGGCUCAAGAGCUCAGGCUCUGGAACCCGCUAGGCCAGCAUGAGGCUGGGACCUGGUCUUUACUGACCACGUGACUGUGGGCAAGUGGCUUAGACCCUCUGAGUCUCGGUUUCCCCCACUGUAAACAGUGCCCUCCUGCCACUGUUCAAAAGAGGAUGGAACGAGAUAACUGGGCUCCAUACAGGGCCUGGCCCACCAGGUUCGCAGGUGAGGAGGGGCAUGCUGUCUGAUGGGGCAGACUUGUAAGAAGACAGAGGGGACAAACAAAACACCCUAACCUGGGAGUGUCCCCUCCCUGGCUACUCAGACCACCAUCGGUCACCCUAACUCCCCUCCCCAUGGGACAGCUUCCCCUGCCACCUAGGGCAGCAGGAAUGGACUCUCAAUUCAGAGCCUUCUGGGGGGAAAAGGAGAAGUUUUCUACAUUUCACAUUACAAAAUAACAUGUUCGUUAUAGUAAAUCUGGGAAAUUAUAGAAAAGCAGGAGGAAACCACAGACUUAAUUCAACUACCAAAGCCAGCCACUCGUGAUAGUUUAAUGUCUUUCCAUAUGGGAGUUCUUCCAGACAUCCCAGAGAACAUUUGGUUCCCUGUAACAUGGUUGAGGCCUCAACUUGAAGACACAGAGCUGGAAGGAAAUGUGGGGUCAGCUGGCCCAGCCUCCUCAGUUAUACCAAGCCAGGAGACUCCGGCCCGGAACUGCUGAAUGACUUGUCCAAGGUGAGCAGCGGCAGACUGGAACCAGAAGCGGUUAGAUGUUUGCUGCUCCCUAAACGCCAGCAGCGAACCUCCCUCCAUCCGUGAAGACCAUCUUCAAGGGGACACAGUUAAUAGCAGAUCCACGCCCCCCAGUGUGGAGGAGUCUGGCCGGCUGCCAUGGCCUCCCUGGUUCCCUUGAUAAAGGACAUGGCUCUGGUUAACCCAUCCCCCAUUUCUAGGUGGAGACUUAGCUAUGGGGACGCUGGGGGAGGGCUGGAAAGGGAGGGCUGGCAGCGCCCAGCAAGGGGUAUGGCCCUGCAUCUGUUCCCAAGGGUGGAGCCAGCCAGCAGGGUCUCCCUGUCCCUUUAAGAGAAGGGGGAGAGCGAGCCCCUCUGGCCAUCCUGUCCUGUCAUCCAUCCGAGCCAAAUCCAAAAGGGAAAAUGAAAGAGAGAGCGGGAGAAGCAGGUCCCAGCCACCUCUCAAGGUCCCUCGCUCAGCUGUGACACCUCAGCUCCAGCCCCAGGGUGAGUGGGGUCGGGUGAGGGUUUGGGGACACAAGGGGCCUGUGGGACCUGUGUGAGAGGGGCAAUGGGGGCUCUCAGGAGAUUUGGGGGCUGGAAGCAGAGGUCACCAGGGAGGAGAGCAAAGGCCUGGGCCCGGGUUCCCACCACACUGGGGUAGGAGUGCAGGGACACCUCCAACAAGGACCCCGAGAGAGCUGUGGAAAUGGGGGCUACUUUGUGUCCGCCCCCCAACCUGAGAAGAGUUCACCGCAGUACAAAUGGUGAGAGAAAUGGUGGAGGAGUGGGCUCCCUGGGUCUGCCACUCCCACCGCUCCCAGAGGCACCAAAUGAAUUGGGCCUGGAGUCCCAUGUUCGUGUUCGAGGCCCCACUCUGCCCACGACAUGCAUCCUUGGCCAUGAGGACCCUACCUGGUCUCUGCUUCCACCAGGCAAGUCAGGGGCUGGCCCUGCUGAUCCCCGACACCCCUUCCAGAACCUGGAAUCUGGAGGCGCACAGGGUCUAACCCACCAGGCCGCGGGCGCGUGGCUACGUCAGGGUGGGGCCCCUCCCCACCCAGCAACACCGGCCCAAAGGGAAGGGAACCCAGAGUUGAGAAUCACCUGCCACACUCACCCUGAAGUUAGAGGUCUAACUGACCCCACCCCGAUGGCGUGGAAGGGGCGGGGGUCCCUGACCUGCCCCAGCCUCUGACCCCGCCCUGCGUCCCCAGCGCCAUGGGGGAGUGGGCGUUCCUGGGCUCGCUGCUGGACGCCGUGCAGGUGCAGUCGCCGCUCGUGGGCCGCCUCUGGCUGGUGGUGAUGCUGAUCUUCCGCAUCCUGGUGCUGGCCACGGUGGGCGGCGCCGUGUUCGAGGACGAGCAGGAGGAGUUCGUGUGCAACACGCUGCAGCCGGGCUGCCGCCAGACCUGCUACGACCGCGCCUUCCCGGUCUCGCACUACCGCUUCUGGCUCUUCCACAUCCUGCUGCUCUCGGCGCCCCCGGUGCUGUUCGUCAUCUACUCCAUGCACCAGGCCAGCAAGGAGGCGGGCGGCGCGGAGGCGGCGGCGUGUGCCCGCGGGCGGCCCGAGGGGCCCUGCGCGCCCUGCGCCCAGCGCGCCCGCCGCGCGCGCCGCUGCUACCUGCUGAGCGUGGCGCUGCGCCUGCUGGCCGAGCUGGCCUUCCUGGGCGGCCAGGCGCUGCUCUACGGCUUCCGCGUGGCCCCGCACUUCGCGUGCGCCGGCCCGCCCUGCCCGCACACCGUCGACUGCUUCGUGAGCCGGCCCACCGAGAAGACCGUCUUCGUGGUCUUCUACUUCGCCGUGGGGCUGCUGUCGGCGCUGCUCAGCCUGGCCGAGCUGGGCCACCUGCUCUGGAAGGGCCGCCCGCGCGCCGGGGAGCGCGACAACGGCUGCAGCCGCGCGCACGAGGAGGCGCAGAAGCUGCUCCCGCCGCCGCCGCCGCCGCCGCCGGCCCUGCCCUCCCGGCGCCCGGGCCAGGACCCCUACGCCCCACCCGCCUAUGCGCACCGGGCGCCGGCCGGCGACGGCGAGGGCGGCAGCGGCCGCGGCAAGGUGUCGCUGGCCACUGGCCGCCAGGACCUGGCCAUCUAGCGGCGGGCACUGCCUCGGGCGGACCGUGAGGUCCGAGGCUGGUGGGGAUCCCACCAGCUCGGCGUCACUGCAGAAGCAAGAAGUGACUUCCGCGGGAACUGUCGCAGGACCUGCCGGAGCGGGAGACACGCAGUGGGGAUGGCCCGCGGGGCGGCAUCGCACCUGCCGGCUGCUCCCUCCCAGCUGCCGCUGGCAGCAGCCGUGCCCCGCGGAGCUGGGGGCGGAGAAUGAACUCACGCAGGUCCUCGGUGCCACGAUCCAGGUGGAAAGGACGGAGGACGGGGCCUGAGAGAGUGGAUAGGAAGUGAGCAGAGCAGAGUGGAAGGUGGAGGGCAGUAGGUGACCCGGUUGUUUUACUGGGGACAAAAACGAUUGUGAUACCAGCAUUCCCAGGUGCUCUCCUCAGAGAGGAGUGGCCUCCAUGUGGUCUCCCUGUGAGUGUGCACACAUGUACACACACGUGCACAUGUAAAGCCUGUGUAAGCUCCUUGUAUAUGUGUGCAUGUGUGAGGUCCUUGGGUGCAUGCUUGCACACGGACACACGUGAGUCCUGUGUGAACUACGUGUGCACCCACGUGGACAAGUACAUCCUUAUGAGCUCUGAGUACAUUGUGCACAUGCCCCUCCUGCAUGGGCUCACUAGGUGUGCACCUCUGAACUCCGUGUGUGCACACCUGUACACAUGUACGUCUGGUGUGAGCUCUGAGUGUGUCCAGGAUCCAAUCCCCACAGCAGCCACAAUGGCUCCUUCCCUACUGCCUGAACCCAGCCCACAUGCAGGGGCAGAGGAGGUCUCCCUUCCUGAGAGCCCACCCAGGAAGCGGGGGAGGGGAGCACCCCGUUUCCAGGGCAGGCCUCAGUCCCCCAGGGCUGGGAGCACAACCACACUGUCCACCUUGUGGCCGGCAGGGAGGCUGGGCCCUUUCAUGGAGGUGGAGUGAGGGUGGGCGUGGGGUGGGAGGGCAGCAGAGAGAGUGUUUUCCUUUCCUCUUCCAUCUUCGCUCUCCCCGCCCCGCUGCUGCUUCCCUCCUCUAUAAACAUGGUUAAGUCCCUUCCAUCCUCAGGGGGAACCUCCCCGCAAAGCAAACGUGCUCCUGGCCCUGGUUUCCCCCUUCUUCCUCCCAGGGGUUCAAAGACCUGUCUGCAGGGCCGCUUCACACCCCCUCCUGCCUCUCCCCUGCCCAUCUGUCCUCCUGCUUCACCACCCCGGUGCACUGCUUUCCAUAAGACCACCCAGGACCUGAGUGACAAAUCCAGGGGCCUCAUCAGACCCUGCUGACAUGGCCCGACCUGGAUACUGGCUUCCCCCUGGUUUCUGGGCUCCUAAUGAUACCCCAUUUUCUGUUCUUAACAAGCACCAUGCCCAAGUGUUAGAACAUGCUGUUCCUUUGCCCAGAACAGCCACCCUCUCUCUGCAGCCUCCUUCUGCCCUAGCUAAGGCCUUUUUGGCCUCACUUGGGAAGAAGACAGAUGCCUUUAGGGAGAAGCCUUCCAUGGUGGCCCCCACCCCAAGUCAGAGCUAGAGGCCCCAGGGUACGAUGCUUCCCCGGGAAGGAGCACCUCUCCUGCAGGUGGCAUCGCUCUCCCCGUCCAUGGCACAUAAUAGGUGCUUAGUGAGUAUGUGUUGGAUGAGAAACUGAAGGUGUCCCCGGGCCCAGACCAUCGCCAGGCCCAAGCACUUAUCCACACUGACAACAGGCACCGCCAUCUCUCUGAUGACAAUUCAGUGUCCGCAGCCUAGACCCCUUCAUACACACUUAGACUUGGGUGUCCAGCUGUUUUCCAGAUACAGUCAUUCACCAAGUAUUUACUGAGCACCUACUAUGUGUUAGGCAGUGUUUGAGAUCAGCAUCAUCUGAUAGAAAUAGCACGUGAGCCACAUAUGUAAUUUCAAGUUUCUCAAUAGCCACAUUAAAAAAGUAAAAGGAAACAAGUGAAAUUAAUUUUAGUAAUAUAUUUUCUUUAACCCAAUAUACCCAAAAUAUCAUUUCAAAGCAUCACUGAUAUUAAAAAGUAUGAAGCAGAUAUUUUACAUUCUCUUUUUUCAUACUAAGACUUGGUAUGACACUUAGAGCGCGUCUCAGUUUGGACCGGCCACAUUUCCAAGGCUCAGCCUCCACAUGUGCCAAGUGGCUGCGCAUAGAAUGGGGCAGAUCCAGAUGCCAGGCUUUGUUGGUGAACAGCACCCGCCCUCAUAGAGCUUACCUUCUGGUGGGAAGGCAGACAAUAGGUGGACAUAGAACAUAGGCCAGGUAGCAGUAAGAGUAAGGGGAGAGAAUGCCAUUCCUAAGCAGGUGAGACUUAAACAGGAUGUAGCAAGGGGCUGGUCAUGAAGUUGUCUCCAGGAAGAGCAUUUAGGUGGAGGGAAUGGCAAGUACAAAGGCCCUGAGGCAGAAAUGCGCUGGAGGGGAGGGAGUGCAACCGGCAAGGAGGCUGGUGUGGCUAGAGUGGAGUGAGUGACAGGGAGAGGUGACAGCCCUCAAAUGCAACCCCAACAUUCUUAGUUCCUUAGCUCAGUUGCUGGCACCUUCAUCCACCCAAGCCACCUCCACCCAGCUGUGCCCCAGCCUGUCCUCUGCCUUCCUUCCGCAUCUCAGCAAUCCUCUGGUCCUCCCAUUUUACCACCUAAGCAUCGCCCCACUUUGCCCACUCUUCUCCCACCCUUCAGAGGCUGCCCAGGCUCAGCCCAUCACCGAUGGCCUGGAGAGCUCCCCGAGCCCCGCUCCUGCCUCCUCUGCUCCAACAUGAGCGCUCCAUUUGCUGGCUUAAAACUCUUCACCCCCGGCCGGGCCCCGUGGCUCAUGCCUGUAAUCCUAGCACUUUGGGAGGCCGAGGCAGGUGGAUCGCUCAAGGUCAGGAGUUCGA